GUGUACAGCACCGUGUGAUCUGUGAGCGUGUUUUGCUCGACGGGGACAAUUAGAGCGUCUCGCCGACGUAUCGUACCGAAAACAAGUCUAAUACGGUGGAGCGAGGAUGAGUGCGAAGUUAAAGGAUGAAGCACAUUUAAGAGCGAUGGCCAAAUUUAAAACCAAACGGAUGGACAAGUCAAAACCAGACUUUGAGAGGGACUCGGGAUUCUCAGACGGCAGCUCUGAGCAUCUGAGUGCGAUUGAUCAGACAGAUGCAGAUGAUGCGUCGUGUUUUGUGGGUUCUAGAUCACACGCCUCUCCGCUGAGCACUGUGGUCGGGGGAACACUGCAGCGUUUGUCACCAAUGAUCAUCAUGAACAAUGUUGUUCUGAAUCAGUCUGGAAAAAACACUGCUGCUUUGAAACCGUGGAGCUUCAGUCCAGCUGUUGAGGUAGUUCAGCAGCCUCAGGUCGUCUUCCUGCAACCUGUGGUUCCUCAAAUAACUGCAGCAGUGCCAAAGGGACCCCCUUCAAAACGCAGACGACACAAAAAAUACCUCCCCAUCCUCAAAUCCUACCCCAAAAUCGCCCCUCACCCCGGAGACAAUCCACACAAGGCAGGCAGCAACAGCUCAUCUUCUAGUUCCAGUUCCAAUUCUUCAGUAAAGAGUGACCGUUUGUCUUCCCAGCACUCGUAUCGCAGUCAAAAAGACAGACGGCACAGCUCGCAGUCCAGCACAGUGUCCGGCACGCCAACCAUACCCAGCUCGCUUCAGUCAUCAACGCUUCCACACAACACAUCAGUUGACUCAAAUACUACGGGCUGCCUUGACGGUGAAGGGCAAACAAACGUUAGUCCCGAAUCCACGGACAACCACUCCGAUCCGCCCCUGCGGACGUUGACGCCUAAUUCACGUGCCGUUUCUGUGAACGCCAUCUGCGAAGGGGACACGGACAACAAGGUGAAGCGGUUCUGCAACACAUACAACAUUCUCAGUAAGUCAGGAUUGCUGAACAUUACGCUUCGCACGAAAGAGUUAAUUCGGCAGAAUCGACGGACGCAGACGGAGCUGGAGCAGCUACGUGAGCACACAAACCUGUUCAUGGAAGCUCUGCAGACGGGCGACUCGGGAAUCUGGAGCAAACUUCAAAUGAGCAUGCUAGAGGAGGACAAAAUGAAAGAUAAGAUGCCACAUAAUGAAGAGGAACGAGACAUGAAGUAGGACACGGGGACCAUUUCUCAAAAGAAGGUCAAUGAACAAUAAACUCGGUCAGAUCACAGGGCACGAGGGUGUGUGAUAAACCAUAGUGCUUUUAAUAUGUGCUUAAGUUUCAUUGUCCUGAAAUUAUCUCUUAUCUCCAGAACUGUGGUCAAAGAAAAUGCCAGAGUCAGAAUGUUAUUAAAGGUGAAGUGUGCCAUUUUUCUAUGUUAAAGUACUUGAGGGCUUAAGUGCUUAAUAUUGCAGAGUAUCAGUAUUCGAUUGGUAGUUUGAACACUCUGACUCUGUGGCAGCAAAAUGUUCUAUUUGUUUGAGCAGCCCGAAAUGCAAACUUCAGACUCAACCAAUGAAUCGUCCCAUAUAAUAUGAAAUCGUCCCGGUAUUAAAGGAACAGAAUUUUGUUCUGUAUUAAAUCCAUUCCCGUAUUGUAGUGUCUCGCACCCAGACCGCUGAGAACAUUUCAGUAUGUGUUUGACCACUGUACGUAAAAAUUGAUAGAAAUGCAAUGUUAAAAACACUGUUUGAAUGCAAAACAAAUCAAGAGAAAUGGACCUGAAACACAUACUUAUAGUAUUACAUACUACUAAACAUUUAAGUUGAAAUAUGCAAUGUAAUGUUUUAUUUCAGUGCUCGAAAGUCAGCUUGUGGGAACAAUUGUGGCGCUUUUAGUACCUAAAGUACAGUACAGAUUUAGUUAAAAUGCUUGACAUGAAUAAUGCUUAAUUUACUACAACAAACAGGGAGGAUGACAUUUUUUGCCAACCCUUUACAAUAAGGUUCUAUUUGUUAAUGUUAGUAAAUGCAUUAGAUAUCAUGAACAGUGACUUUUUACAGAAUUUAUUUAUCUUGGUUAUUGUUAAUUUAUCAAAAUUAAGGGUGGUUUGCGAUGCUUUGCGAUCUUCACAAAAUAGGUAUCGUUUGAAAGUUUAGAAGCUCUACUUUCCAAUGCAUGUAGACAUUAUGACCAAAACUGAACAAGUGCUUUAAAAUCUGCAGACAAAUCAGAAGUGUUAGUUUUGAUAAUCUAUAAAAAUAAAAAAAAUUCACUGUUCAUAUUAUUACAAUCAGUAAAAACAUCAAACUGGUCAAAUAGUCGUGUCAUAUGUUGUUGGAAAUUUCUCGGAGUAGAAUACAACCAGUCUAUUUGUUUUACUCACAGACAAAAAUAUAGUGAGUAAUAGUUAAGUAUAUGUCUUUGACAAUUAUGCUGGUGUUGCUUAUAUGACGCAUUUACGCUUAUAACUAAACGAAACAUAAAUGUAACAUAACAUAUCACAUAUCAUAACUUAGAGGAGGUGAUUAUCUUUCAAACGAGUCCACACACAAGAUAAUCAGAUGUAUAGAUCAUUAGAUAAUCCACAUGAAGCACAAUGUUACAUAUGGCCACCAGGAGAUGGCGCCAAACACAUGACACAGACUCAAUGAUGACUCGAAUGACACAGAAUGAAACUCAUUCUUCAUGAUUUUUCAUCAGUUUCUUAGUCUGAGAUUCUCAGAAUGUAUCAAUCUAUAUAUAAAAAAAAAAAUUUGUACAUUUUCUAUACAAUAAUACCAGACACUUGACACUCCUGUUUUUUUUUUUUUUUUAAUCCAGUUAUAAGCCAUUAAUUUUGGGUAUGCCAUUGAAACAGGAAAUCUUUAAAAACACCUUCAGAGCUUAAAGGGUUAAAUCCUAAGAUAGAUAUUUUACUCUAUGCGCAACCCUCCACUACAAUGAGAGGAAAUCACUCGCAUUUACAACCAAAUUUCACGCUAUGCGACUAAAAAUGUACAUAUUUGACGACUGGCUGGUAAAUAUUUGGAUUUCACUCACCAGUAAUUGUGUAAUGUGUGUCCAACGACGAGAUCCAUGCAACCGAUUUGUCAUUGAAUAAUGUCUCUUUUUAAUACUCUUUCUGUUCUUUACAGUCAGCUGUUGAUCAAAAACAAAAAAAAAUAAACAUUUAAUUCUUAUCAGGCAUGGUACAGGUGAGAUAAAGUCAUUAAAGUCUCUCUCAUUAAUAUGCGCUCAUUUACAGAAAUGCAUGUUUCCUUAAAGGGACAGUACCGGUUUUUAGCACGUAUUCAAGAAAUCAAUAUAAAUACCUGUAAUUAUGCAAUUAAACAAUAAACAUGUAAUAAAAUGUUUGCAUUAUAAUAUCCUAUUUAUUGAUUAAAUACAUUGAUUUGUUCAUUAAAAAAAAAAAGGUAAAAUGUGAUCAAAAUGAUGAAAAAUGGAUAAAAUAUAAUUAAAUUAAUAUUUUCAGAAUGUACCUAGAUACAAGGUCCCCUGUAUAAUUAACAGCAUUAGCUGGGAGAGAAUUUCUUUCAUAUGUAAGCAAAAGGGACAUUAUAACUAAACUAAUCUUUUUUGUAACUUGUUUUGUUGAAAAAGCAUGGCAUAAAAUGUCAUUGAUGUGCAUAGUAUUUGAAGAGUUUAUUAAUUUACCUGAAUUUGCAGGCUUUGGAGUUACUGUCGGACAAAUCGUUCCAGCUGAAAGAGAACGUUAGACACUACUUUCUUCAUGGACACUUAUAUUUAUUUACAGAAGUCUGAGACCACGUUGAAAUCAGGGAUAUGUUUAUUUCAAGUUAGACCUAGAAAUAAAAUGGUAGGAUUCUGAAGAUGAUAAAACUCUGCAAUAAUAAAAUAUAACCUGAUCAUCUGGUUAACAAAUACAAGGCAUUGUUUAUUUUUCAGUUCAACAUUAUACUCCCAUUGUUACACUGAUAUAUAAUAGGAUGUGUAAUGAAAAUGUUACAUUAAAUAAAAUACAAUAAAAAUGCUAAAUUGAGGCAUUUGUGGUCCUAGACUUUUGGACCUCACUGUAGGUGUAUGUGUACAUUUAAUUGCAUUUUAUUUAAACGUGUGAUGGUGAAAUGACUGGCACGUUUUAUGUCCUUUUUGUACGUUGAGGUCUCUUAAAACGAAUUGCCUUGCUUCAAUGACAGUUUUAGUUCUCUUUUGUAUGAAAAUGUAGAAAACAUUUUGUAGUCUGGCAGUUUUGAUAAUCUUCAGAUACGUUUUGGUGUCUAAUUGUGAGUGUUUGCUCCUGUAACAGCUGCGUUUUAUUCAUUUGACUGAUUUAUUGCUGUUGAUUUGCUGAAAUAUGCAGCAUAUUUGAGUCAGAACCUGGUUAACCAGUUUAACAUCAGUGUCUUCAUAUAUAUAUAUAUAUAUAUAUAUAUAUAUAUAUAUA